AUGAAGUUGUUUGUUACUCUCUUGGCUGCCGGUGCUCUGGCUUAUGAGCCUACGGCCGACGUGAUUGGCGGUACUGACACGUGCAAGAGCGUUGACGAUCUUCAGGAGUGCAUCUUGGGGUUGAUAACAAAGAAGACCUCGUUUACCUACACUCACACUGGAGAUGGUUUCAAGUCGACAGUUGUUGCCGGGUGUGCUAGUAAAAACGACACGAGAACUUUGGUUUACGGUGACCUGAAGCCCUACGAGAUCUCAGAUUUGACCGGCGCUCUUAAAAAGGAUUUCUCUCCUACGCAGUUCCUUGUUACAAACAUUCCUGCUGCCAAGAAGGAAGGUUGCAAGCCUGUGGCAUACGUUGCUGACGCCAGCAACGAAUGCCCGGAUGCUAAAACUACCACUAUCACGAUCGGCGAACCC